AAUUCGAAAGUGUGAGAGCUUGUUGACAAGAAAUGGCGAGGAGAGUGAGCGCUCCAGGUCCAGCGCGUUUAAAAGAAAAUGAUGAAUCAGCUGGAGAUAGCGAAAAAUCGUCAUCCUGGCUAGUAUGUAAUGCUAAUGGAUGCUAUCGACUUGGAAGCGGAGGUAGCAGAUCCAGAAGAAGAUCAAUAAAUCCUCCUCCACCUGUACUUCUCUUUGGAAGGAAAGGACACCUGUGGGAAGAUGAAAAGAAGCGCAGCAGCCAUGUAGACCCCUCGGAGCACUUCUUGGCCUGGGCCAAGCCACCCCAGAAUGUGCUAGUAAUAAAAAAACUAAUGGAUCAGGAGGUGACGGAGAGAUUUAAGGAACUUACCAGAUGGCUUACAGAGGAGAGAAAAAUGGUUAUUUACGCUGAAGAAUCUGCUGUACGGGAUCUUCUAGUACGCAAAGACGAAAAAUUUACAUGUGUGAGAUCGAAAAUGUGCAUUUUUAAAGAGGGCGACCAGUUAGAUGAUAAAAUCGACUUUGUCAUCUGCUUGGGAGGGGAUGGAACACUUUUGCAUGCUUCAUCUUUGUUUCAGUCCAGCUGCCCUCCUGUUAUGGCAUUUCAUCUUGGUUCUUUGGGAUUUCUCACGUCGUUUAGAUUUCAAGAUUUUCGAGAUGAAAUAACCGAAAUCUUAGAAGGUCGUGCGGGCUUAACUCUAAGAAGCAGACUCCAGUGUGACUUUAUCAAGCGUGACAAGGAAGACAAAGGCUAUACGAAAAAGACACGUCACUUGGUAUUGAACGAGGUGGUCGUUGACCGUGGUCCGUCUUCGUACCUCACAAACUUAGAAAUAUAUUGCAAUGACCACCACAUCACAUCCGUACAAGGAGACGGUCUUAUCGUCUCCACCCCAACUGGCAGUACAGCAUAUGCAGUAGCUGCAGGAGCCUCGAUGGUUCACCCCAGCGUGGCCGGAAUCUUAGUUACUCCUGUCUGUCCGCACUCUCUCUCAUUCAGGCCCAUCAUCCUCCCGGCGGGAGUAGAACUUAAGAUUGUAGUCAGUUCAGAGAGCAGAAGUUCAGCUUGGACCUCAUUUGAUGGAAGACAGCGACAAGAACUUCACGUGGGAGACAGCAUUCAAAUUACGACGUCUAUUUACCCUGUGCCGUGUGUAAAUAGUGAAAAUCAGAUAGCGGACUGGUUUGUAAGUCUGGCCGAGUGUCUUCAUUGGAACGUAAGACAGAGACAGCGUAACCUAUCAAUAACGGAUUGCCAUGUUUGAUUCUUCGCAGCAGCAAAUUAGAAUUCAAUUUCCUCUGCAGCUCUGGUCAGAACAUCAUUUCCACGUCAGCCUCGAGCUCAAUGAAAUAUUUUUUGCGGUAAAGCUUUGGCUCUGCCGAUAAGUGAAUUACGAAGCCCUCCUCAGUCACUUUACGUUAGAGUGCUCCAAGGAACGUCAUGAUGCAUUCAUCAUCAGUAACUACUAUCUCAACUGAUGUAUACAGCUUGUGGAAAAUCACGGAUGUGAGUGUGUUAAAAAGAAAUCUGUAACACUUUGGAGGAUUUUUAUGUAUGUCUUCCCUUUUUAUUGUAAAAAAACUGUUUUCAGUCAAAAAUUGAAAGAGAACUGGUCACUUCUUCGCCCAUCCAAUAUGCUUUUUAUUUAGUCAAGGAAAGUGAAAUGUAAAUACCUUAUUGUUCAGAAAGCCUUGGACAUCAAGCCAUCGCUGGUGCAGGUGCAAAUUAUGAUCAUUACUGGUAAAUGCAGUUGUCAAUUGGCUCAGGUCAUGCAAGUGUAAAAUCCCAGUUAUGAGGCCUCGGAAGAAACACUGUCCCGAGAGGCCGUUCCAUGUGACUUGCGUUGAUGGGGUGACGGGGGAUAGGAAGGGGGUGGGGCAAGCCAAUACUAAAAGGAAACGAAACGAAAAAAAAUUUAAAGCUGUAGUAUUAAUUACAAUCUGUAACCAAACAAGAUUAGACUUCGAAAGGGACUUAAAAUUGGGAUUCUACGGUAUGCCGACUAACAUAAUUUAACUGUUGUCUGCUCGACCGUAUAUUUAUUAAGGUGAAUCAUCCAUUCGCGUAACGUACUAUCGAUUUGAUUCAGAGUUGUAAAGUCGUACCUUUGUUAAAAGUCUUUCAGUGAAACAACAUUAAAUAUCCAUGGCCAUGGUA